GGGCUGUCUGGGCGGAUCCCGCCCGCGGCGGUGAGCGAGGCUUACCCCGUCCCUUGGCCCCUCGACGUCCAACAGUAGGGCAAGGAGGGUCGGCAACGGGCCGGCCUAGGGUCAGGUGCUCGGCUAGAGUGCGGCAGGUCCUGGCUUCACGGAAGCAAGAUGGCCUUUCACAAGUAAGCCUCCAAGAAUCACCCCAGGCAGCAGAAGUUGAUCUUGAGAUGAUGUAACUUCUACCUGGCCCUCUAGCAGAAUGUCAUGGAAGACACCGGGCUGACGCUGGAGCCAUAACGUUGCCUGAUCCUUCUGGCCGCUGAGAGCAGGGCCGGGGGCAGCUUUUGUGUCUGGGGGACAGGGAAGACACGGAGAUCAUGAGGGAACAGACUCAAAAUCACCCAGCAGAAGCCCCUCCUCCACGCUUCUCAGAAUUCCUCCAGAACGAGUCCUCAAGGUCACUUUCCUGAGUGCUGCUCGAGGUUUGCGGAUGGAUUCACAGAUCAUUUCUCCAGUGAAAUCCCACGUGUCUGAGGGCCAGGAAUGGGUUUUACGUGUCAGGUACCAGUUACAUUCCGGGAGGUGGCUGUGGUCUUCACAGAUGCAGAAUGGAAGGUUCUGAGCCCUGAGCAGAGGAACCUCUACAAAGAAGUGAUGCUGGAGAAUUACAAGAAUCUGUUCUCGUUGGAACCAAAGCCAGAAAUCUACCCCUGUGCCUCCUGCCUUCUGGCCUUCUCCUGUCAGCAAGUCCGCAGCCAGCAUGUUCUUCAGAUCUUCCUGGGCUUCUGUGUAGAGAAUCACUUCCAUCCAGGGGAUUCUGGCCCCAGGCAUCAGGAGUGGCAGUAUUCCGCUCAGAGCUGCUGGAGUGGAAACAUAGAAGGUCACCAGAGGGAGGGUGGCUCCCCACCCUUGUGUGCGAGGACAGAGGAGACAGAGACGUCAGGCGCAUUCCCCAGCCUACCCCGGGGACAGUCAGCAAGAACUAGAGAAGGCACCAUGGUGAUAGAAACAGAGCCUACCUCAGCCCAAAGGCUAAUAAACCCUGUGCAAACAGACAAAGGAGUAAAAGAAGCCUCAAGAUUGGGAGCGGUCAGCUGCACAGAACGUGAAUUAGAUUGUAGCCUGAAAUCAGACUUGGUUACAAAGCAGACGACCCACUUACAGGAGAAACCCUAUGUUUGCGGGGAGUGCGGGCAAGGUUUUAAAGUGAAGUCAGCCGUCAUCAGACACCAUCGGACACACUCGAAGGAGAAGCCUUAUGUGUGCGACUUCAGGGGACAGAGACUUGCCACUGCCACAGACCGGUACCUCAUUCACCUCUGAGGGGCCUUCAGAAGUCUUGAUGAGAGGGAAGAUGGCAUUCUCAACUACAGAGACCCGGGUUUUCCCCUUUUUGUAAUCAGAUGGAGUGAAAAUGUGGAAGGCUUUUUUUAAGUAACCCAGGAAUGGACUAGUUGUUUCAUUUUCAUAUCCGAUUUCUUUCCCAGUUUCUCUUGUCCAUCUGUUCUAGUAAAAUCUUCUUUGCUACGUGCAGCCUGUGUACCUUAGUCCCUCAUCUGUCUGGAAAGGAAUUCAAAUCCACAACUUGGAUUUCCUACAUGAAUUCAACCCUUGAGAAACAGGAAGUCCCAAAUCAAUCUAAUAGGGUUAUAGGGGAAUCUGAGCCUCUGUGUGGGGAGGACGACCUACCUUCUGGAAACAGGCUAACUGAAGGGAAGGCCUUCCCAGGUCCCUGGGCGCCAGAGAGCUGCCGCCUCUCCUGACUGAUCUCCCUUUGGCUUCUGGGAAAGCUCCUUUCCCAGGGUUUCCUUCCUUCCUUCUUUCUAGUCUCUCUUCGGGUCUCUGUUGAAUCCCUCUCUACCCUCUGGAAGCACUGCUGUUCCUCGGUGGUCUGUUCCCGUCCUCCGGUUCCAGGGACCCUUUAGCCACCCUCCCUCUGCGGCCUUCUGGAUUCCAGGAUCAGGUCCUUUAACCUUGCCCAAACUGUUCUCCAGCCACGAAUCAGUGCUUUGGGCUUCUUAGCUAUUCCCCGCGUUGGUUCAUAGGUCUAAAGACCCCUAAAUACAGCUCCGAUACCGUGUCCCCUCAACCCUCCAUUCCUCAGGUCCAGCCCUGCUAGCGAUCCCCUCCCUCAUUCCUCUACUCACUGGUCGAAGAUAGCCUAGCCGUACGCCUGCCCUUGUUGGUCAGCGGUGAGAUUCCUAGCAUAAUAUUUUUCCUAAUGGAAAUGAAAUAGACUACCGUGCUACGCUGUUUUUAUUUUCUCCUAAAAUGCAUGAUAUGUAUAAGGGAUAAAAAUCCAUGUUCUCCUAAUAUAAAGAUGAUUUUCAUCUAGCCCUGUACCCUAUUCAUUAAUUUUAAUCUAGAAAUUGUUUUGGAGAAUAGCCAGGCAUGCACUUACUCUUUAAUUAAAGAGAAAUUUGGGACAGGUUGUAAUAUGACAUUCUAGAAUCUUAGGAAAAAAAAAAAAGAAAGAAACCAGAUUCCUAGAAUUCCAUCACCAGUGUUCUA